CGGAAUUCGCCGGAAGUAGCAGUUUUCACCCACGCCGGACGGACCCGCAAGCACUUGGCGGGCUGCAGCGAGAGGAGCUGUCGGAGUGCUGUGGUUUCGCAAUUUCAGAGAGACUCAUCUCUCUGUCUCUGGGAUUGAUGUUUUUUUCUGGACGAGGGAGGUUGCACGUGACAUGGAGAGCAGGAUUUGUAGUUGCAAGGUGUGGAGCAGGGAAGAUGAUGAUGAACGGUCAGGACGAGGUAAGUCCAACGCUUGCUCGACAGAGAGUCGCGAACGCGC